UAGUAUCACCGAACGUGAAGUUCCAUGUGGUUCAAGUACCCAUAGCCUGUUUCCCGUCUCUGUGCACGGUUUAUCAUGCGUGUCCCAAUAAGAUCGUCGCUGCGUAGCCGCGAUUCUUCAUCCACGUCGACCGAUCCGGACCCGAGGGAACGAAUCAAAGACUAUUGCCGCAAACUGGUCGCUUUCAUGUGCACCCAGGUGGGCGUCGGUGGACUCGUCGUCGGUUACGCAAUAAUCGGAGCGUUCGGUUUCCGGAUGAUCGAGUCUCAAGCACAGCUUCCGUCCACGGUCUGCGUCCGGGACUCGAUUAGGAAAGGAUACGCGGACAGGUUGUGGUAUAGCACGGCUAGCAAUCAGACGGUGAACGUGUUCAACAAAACGGCGUUUUAUCUGUUGUCGAAUGAGAUCCUCCGCAGCUACCAAGAGAACUUCACCAGCAGCUACAAGAAGGAGAAUUGCAGUGGUCUGUCGUCGGUCGAUCUAUGGUCUUUCCCGGCGGCGAUGAUGUUCUGCCUUUCCGUCUUCACGAUGAUCGGUUACGGGUCUUUGGUGCCCCAGACCGCUUGGGGGAAAGGUGUCACCGUCAUAUACGCGGUUUUGGGGAUUCCCCUGUACGUGCUGUACUUCCUGAAUAUGGGCAAAGUACUGGCGCAGACGUUCCGGUGGCUGUACACGUGGCUGCACGAGUGCACCGGCAAGAAGAAGCCUGGCCAGAGGAUUACCGUGCCUUCGACGGCCUGUCUCUGGGUGAUAUUCGGGUAUGUGCUAGGUGGUUCGAUCAUGUUCGCGGAGUGGGAAGGAUGGGACUACUUAGACAGUGCUUAUUUCUGCGUGACAUCGUUGUGUAAAAUUGGAAUGGGGGAUCUCGUGCCCGGUUGGACGCACGGUGACCUGACCACUGACAGCCAGACCAAGCUGAUAAUUAAUUUUGUUUAUUUACUGCUCGGCAUGGGACUCAUCGCGAUGUGCUACGACCUGAUGAAGGAAGACGUCUACGUGAAGGCGCGCGAACUGAAGGAGCAAUUCAUUCAAAUCGUCGACGCCGUGCAUUACCAAAUAGAAACUUGCUGUAAAUCGGAAAUGAUCGAUUGAAUGCGCUCCGUCGACCCUUCCGGCGAAUUUUAGACUGCAACUCGAAUUUUAAACCGACAAUUUUAGUGAACGCUAUUAUAGAUAUUUCUAUUUAUACCGAUACUAAUUUAAUUGAAUAAGCGUUGCAUUAAUCGGAAUAUCAACAUUUACGUGUAUUGUGGCAUAUUUGUAACCGCGUGGCUAGAUAAUAAAAAUGUUAAGAUUAAAUUAUCAGGUACAUUAAGUCAGGGAAUUACAGAAUCGAGUUAUAUCGUUUCGUAAAAUUUUGUGAUUCAUGGUUUCAUAAAUCAUCGAACUUAUUUAUUUCCGAAAAUCAAUUCUUUUGUAUGCAUUAAAAUGAUAGUACAGAAUGAUACUUUGUAUGAAAGUCUCACAUGAAAAGUAUCAGAAAAGCUGUAUACUAU